CUACCGCCGCACCUACUAGCAAAGAGGAAGAGAAAGCAAGAGGAAGCAGCUCAAGAUGAAGCAGCCACAAAUGCCGGCGCAAAGCCACCCAAAAGUCCAGAGGAGCCAGAGAAGAGACGAAGAAUGAUGGGCCCUGCUCCUCCGCCAGCACCGUUGGACGAGAGACCCACAAAGCCAGCAGAGCCGUCAAGAGACACAAGAGAAGCAGAAAGUGACGAUAGCGACGACGACUUUGGCCCAGCGCUGCCAAGUGGAGGAAACACAGGUGAUGAUGGUUCCGACGACGAUGGAGAGGCUGGACCUCAAUCGGCUGCUGAACCUGGCGUCGAGGAGAAGCCGAAACGAGACGACUGGAUGAUGAUGCCUCCCAAACAAGACGACCUGGCAGCGCGCAUGGACCCAUCCAAGCAACGGCCCAAAGCAUUCAAUACAGGCAAAGGCGCUCGCGGGCCAAGCUCGACAGGAGACGACGCAUCUUCAUGGCACGAGUCCCCCAAACAGAAGCAAAAACGACUACAAGACGAAAUGCUGGGAAUUAGCAAACCUUCAGCAUCAGGCCCUGUGCCAACUCGACCAUCAAAGUCUGCCAAAGAAGAGGCCGCUCACCGGAACAUUCAACAGCAUGUAGAACAAACUCGCGGCCCUUCGCUGCUAGAUCAACAUAAACAGGCCAAAGGCGCCGAGGUGCAAGACGACGAUCCGUCUAAACGCGCUUUCGACCGGGAGAAAGACAUCGGCGGCAGUGGGCACAUUUCUUCGUCACAGAAGAGACAGUUGCUGAACAAGGCGGCGGGUUUCUCUGGGAAAUUCUCGGGGGGAUCGUACUUGUAA